CGGCCAAUCAAUUAUUUCAUAUCUACUUAACUGAGUUAAUCAUAUCAAUAUGAAAUAUUAACAGCAAAUUACAAUACUGGCUCUGAUUCACAGCGCUAAUUCCGAAUUUAAGUAAUUAGAGCUAAUUAUAAUAAUACAAAAAGAAAUUUAAAUUUUGGCGUAUUUUAAUAUCCAUACAAUCGCAUGUCCUGGGGCACGGGGCAGUGGCACGCCUCGGACGCAAUGUCAGCCCAUUGCACAUACACAGUCAUAGGCCUACUCAUAAUUCAGAGACGCAAAUUAACUUUUUUCCUUUGGACCGUCGGAGGAAAAUCUCAGGAAAGUCCAGGCGCGCUGACACAGAGCGGAGGUGGUUUGUGCGCCCACGACACCGGAGGUGUGAGUGUACAGAAAAUGCACAAAAACCAGCACUAGCACAAAAACUAACACAAUCAAUGUCGGCAUCCGCAAGCGUUUAAACUGAACAGUAGCGGUAUUGGUGUGUGUGAAAAUGGAUUUAAGGAGGGUUAAUAGAUUUAAAGUUCACCUAGAGGGAGGAAAAACACGUGUAUUAGUCAGUGCAUUUUACGCACAUUCCCGUUACCCGCCAGACGCAGCCGACGCUUUUGGCUACGAUCGAAAUCCAAGCGGCCCGAUGUCAUCCUCCAGGACGCUGUAGCAGUGCGGACGCACAAUGAGAUCAUCUGGACAGAAGGCUGUUUCCCCGGCCAGCCGGGGAAGGCAGUGAGGCUCAGUCCCACAGGAUGGGGCACGAGUGAGCAGCGGGUCACUGGGUCGACUCCGGCCUUUGGCGGGGUUAUGCUGACGGCUGCUCAGUAUGACUCUGCUGGACCUGUGGCUGUCCCGCUCCAUCCCCAUGUGCUUGAUGCUCCAGAGCCUUGUCCUCAUGGCCCUGUGCUUCCCGUCCGCCAGCAUGUGCCCGAAGGGCUGCACCUGUCUCCGUGGCGAUGGCCUCAGUGUCAACUGCAGCCAUGCUCAGCUGAAGGAGAUCCCGUCUGAGCUGCCCCCAGACACGGUUCUGCUGCGACUGGACCACAAUCAGAUCACUUCAGUCCCAGCCCGGGUAUUUCAGGGGCUGAACCGGUUGCGGGAGAUCAACCUGUCGCACAACGCACUAGAGACGCUGGGCGAUAGCGCCCUCCAAGGUGUGGAGGACACACUGCAGGCCCUGGACAUCUCCCACAACCUGAUCAGCCUAGUGCACAAGGACACCUUCGCCCAGUUAAAGGCCCGAAUCCACAUGGGUCACAACCCUUGGCACUGUGACUGCACCUUGCAACAGGCCCUCCGUGGCAUGUUCUACAACCACGAGGCGGCCGGCCAGGUGCUCUGCAAGACUUCCGAUCUCCAAGACCUGGAAGGACGGCCUUUCCUCUCGGUGGAUGCCGACCUCUGUAACCUGACCAAGCGCACCACAGACUAUGCCAUGCUGGUCACCAUGUUCGGUUGGUUCGCCAUGGUCAUCUCCUACGUGGUGUACUACGUCCGGCAGAACCAGGAGGAUGCCCGGCGUCACCUGGAGUACCUCAAGUCCCUCCCCAGCAAGCCGAAGAAGCAGGACGACGGGGAGGAUGUCAGCACUGUGGUAUGACUCCGCCCCAAACGGAGGCGUGGCCUCCUGACCCACAUCAGUCACCACACAUCAUCCUGCCUGCAGGGGUCAGGACCCAGGAUUAGGGAACCGGAAUUCACUUCCGAAUAAUCUGGACAGAACCUGCUUGUUUCAUGUUUUUGCUUCCCCUGAGUAGUGUGAUACUUUUGAAUAGGAAUCUGUUGAUGAUUCCUAUUCUCAUUUUUACUGAACCGUAUUGUCCGGCGUAACAAAAGCCAUUGAAAUGUAAUGAAAAGUUGAAUUUUGACUUGAAAGUUCAGUUUUUAAUUCCUUCGUUAAACUUGAACGACUAUGACUUAAAGGAAAGAAUGCAGAACAAAUCAAUCUCUGAGGAUGUGUGAGUUUUGUGCAGUUUGACCUUUUUGAUUAUUACUGACGACCUUCAGUUUUUCACAGACUCACCUUGUAGUUCAGUUUAAAAUAAAAAGCAGGAGUUUUUUGAGAGUAGAGAACUCAGGUUUAACCCUUAAAUACCCACCUGCUUUCCUGUCGAGUCAUUUCCACCCUAAAAAGGUUCCUGUAACCUGCUAACCCUUCAUAAAUAUGCCAUUGUUCAUGCAAGGAGAUGGUAGGAAAAGUUAUUUUGAAGGUGCUGUGAUGAUGGAUGGAUGGAUGGAUGGAAAAAUCCAGCACUUCAUGAUAAUUUGCCAUUGCUGCGUAUUUUCUAAGUCUUCAUUGUUUUUAUAGCACAUUACUUCAGACCAUUUUAUGUAUUGCUUUGUUUUAAUGGGCUCUCACUAUUCUUGAUAUUCAACCCCAAACUGAAAAACGUCACAUGUUACAUCUCCAUAUGAAUCCAUAACAUCCAAAACCUAAAUAUCACCACAGAACAUAACUAUGUACCAGUUCCCCAGUAAGUUUUAGCACCCAGUGAACCACACUCCCGGAUAUUUACUGGGCAUCUGCACGGGGCAUGUUGUGACAUUAAUCUCAGUAUAUAACCAGUUAAGUUUACAGUUUCAUUGGGCUCCUGUAACUGGAAGAAUGAACUUGUAUAUAUAAAACCUUGAUGUUGUAUGGGAUGGUUGGGGAAAAGAAUUACCCUUUAAAAAGUUGUAUAUGAAUGUAUUAGUGCAACCUGUUGCCUUGUCUUGCGGAAACGGCUUUGUGUACUUAUAAAGGGUUAGGCAGUCUUGCAGCGCAUGAACCGCAGGUAACAAAGCACAAUGUAGCCAAGCAUUCUAGAGAAUUAAGUGCCUGAAAUUACUGUCUUUCACACAUUUCAGUCGAAUCAUGCUGCAGCUUCCUCAGUUUUAAUCUGGCCUUAUUUUCUGACAUUAAGCAUUUGAUCAAUCCCCCAUUUCGGUAAAUUUUAUAUAGUAGGAAUGCUUUUAUGUUCAUUACCAUAGUAACAAGCCUAUUUUCUUAACCAUGCCGUAAUUAAAGAAAAGAUUAAUGGAAAUGGGUAUUUGACUUAUCUUGUUGUUAGAUAAUGAUGGUAGGGGAGGGCUUCUGCCUCUCGCUGUUGGGAUUUAUAUUUGGCUAAUGGCGCCGGGGAAAAACAUUUAUUAUGCUAAUGUAUUACAAAUGAGGAGAGUGGCUGGAAAUUGAGUUUUUUUUUUUCUUUUCAUCAUUUAAUAUUUUUUCUUUUCCAGGGAGAUGUUUGUCUGUUUGAAGACCCGGGUACUGAUUACAGACUGUACUUUAAACACUGUAGGCAUGUUGUAGGACUAAAGAAAUAAAGGAAUUAAACCUA